CGCGCAAAGCUCAUUGUCACAGAGUAUUUGGAUAUUUACAUUUGCGCGCACAUCUGUGACAGAGUGAAACCCUGUCUGUGUUGGACUCUGGGUGAAGAAGAGGUAUGCGAUCGACGCCGCGCGCUCUUGACACAUGCUACAGCACGCCCAAUGAUACAGAUCAUCCAUCAGCGCAAGCGCCGGAGACUUGACGAAAUCCUUGUCUCAUAUGAGUAUACCUGGAGUUGACUGGGGACUUGAACAAGAUCCAACCGAUGAUGAAAUACGGCUAUUGUUCGCUAUCAUUCGAGAUGCCUCCUCCUCAACCCACGCGCCAUUCAAGGCGUUCUUCGCCGCAUACGACGAUCACUUCGCUCGACAUCACCUCGACAAAAGCCAUGACAAUGUCGUGUAUCGCCUGGGAAUGCGCGUUGUUCAUGCCGCGCGACGCCAACAUCAUGCUGGACGAGCGACCAAUCUGCUACCCUACUUGACGAAAUUGCUCGAGGAGCAUGGUGUGACAUGCAUUGAGAAUGACGACGAUGACGUUGCCGCCGCCUUGCACGAUCGCACUGCUCCGGUUGAUGUAAAUCACCAAUCUAUGAUCAACCAUGCUCCGCGAUCUGCGCGUCGUGCUUCUUUCAGUGAUGCGCGACUGGAUGAAACUUGGCUGAGCGAAAAUUCGGCGCCACUCCGUCCAGCAUCACCACCGCCGCCAGUCCGGAAAGGUCUUCUCAGCCAGCCUGCUCGGCGACGAGGGCGAGAAUUUGGAUCUUCCCAACGGGCACGAUCAACGAGUAGUCGAAGCACGCGUGUGCCGCAGCGGACAGCUCGUGAGCCUUUCCAUCGGUAUUCAUCCUCAGUGGGCCAGUCUUCCGUUGAUGAAGAUCUCAACAACCCAACGCUACUUUUCCAGCCAUCCCUGACACAAUUGGAACAGAAUGCCGACGCAUUCUACGCCAUAUCUCAACUUCGUACUGCUCGGCAAUGUCUCCACCUAUGGCACGAGAAGAUCCUUCGACAUCAACAAGCGUACGGGAUCGCAUGCGCUCAUGACAGCCACUUGCUUCUGCGUCAGUCUUUCGAAGUGAUUCAGGAUCGCGCCAAGCUGGAACGAGAGCGCCGAUCGCAGCUUUCUGACAUCCUCGCAUAUGCUGCACGAAAGAGAGACCUUGCGCUUAUGGCCAAGGCGUUCUCUCAUUGGGAUGAGUCUACUCUGCAUCGCAAACGAGUCACUAGCUUGGCGCAGAUGCAUGCGCUCAAAGUCAAGUAUUUUGCGCAAUGGCGGAAAAUCGCGGUGAAGAACGCUGCUAAAGUCAAAUUUAUUCUGGGUCGCAAAUAUUUUGCCAUUUGGCGCGAGCGAGUGUUGCGGAACCGGUUGGCUUUGGAGCAAGCCGACGCGCAUUUCGAGGAAUCUUUGAUGAAGCGUUGCUUCAGCCGUUGGUUCUGGAAUUUUUGUGACCGGCAAGCGGAAGGAUGGCAUGAGCUGCAACUCAUGCGUCACACAUUGACAGCCUGGCGCGCAAGAAUUGAGACGGUCCGGCAAGAAACAGCACAAGCACAGCAAUUUCGAGAGCGGCGUCUGACGGCCGCAGCUUUGCGGAAAGUCGUCCAAUUGUACGGCCAACGACGACGCCAAGUUCGUGAAGUCGAUCAAGUACGACAGCGAUCUGUCGCCGUAACGUGCCUACAGGCACUGCAAAAUGAAGCAAAGCUGCGGCCUGUCGCUCGGACUACUGUCGAAAUGGUUGCCGUCAACCUCAAAAAUAAAGCUUUUAGAAUCUGGUCGCUUCAUCUCCAACUCACACGACAAGCUGCUGAGGUUGAUCGGAGGCGUAUCUUGCAAACUGCCUGGACGAAUUGGAACGAUGCUCUCCGCUCCAAAGCACUUGCACAACGGAUUGAUGGGCGCGUGCUGGCCGAGAGUCUUUACAAGUGGAUCUUGCAGUAUCGAUUGCGCACUUUGCAGAAAGAAAAGAACGCAUACCUGGCUCGAGCAGCACUGUCAAGAUGGCGACAGCAGACUGAGCAAGCGAAUUUGACCCUUGAGGACGCCGAGACCCUUUUUGCCGCUCGACAACGCACUCGGCUGCUUCGGUUUGGCAUGACACGGCUACACAGUGCGCUUCGAGUCCGCGAGGACGGCCAUCGCGCUGCGAUCGAAUACGCUAAUGGACGUGCGGUGCCGAGAGUGGUGCAUGCAUGGCGAGCACGCCUUGAACAUCUGCAAAGACUGGACAAAUGGGCUGUCGAUGCGCGAUUCUAUUGCCUCGGGACACAGACUUUAUCUGUCUGGCGUGACAAGGCUACCAAGCAUCACAAUCAACGGUUGCGUGAAGCGUACCGUCAACUGCGGGCACACGUCAAGAUACGCCAGGCGAGGGCCUGUCUGUCCCUCUGGCGUGAGAGGUCUAACCACCUAGAAAACUUGCAGAUUACUGCAAACGACCACUUGCAGUCGCAGAUCCAAAAGAUCGCUACAUCUUCUAUCAGAUCAAUGCAGACCCGCACCUUGCAACAUCGAGAUCUCGAUGCUCAAGCUGUGGCACUGGAUCGUACCAAAUUACUGGCAUCAGCUCUUUCUGCCAUGCAACUCUCCUACGCCAAUGUAUCUGAAAUAUCCGCACAAGCCAUCCUCUUCCGUCAAGAAUCCGAUGUCGUUUUGGUCGUCAACACAUGGAAGAAGCUUCAAUGGCGCGCCUUCACAACCGCACGACAGCGUGAGACUGCAGAGGCGUUCCGCAUAAGGACUCGCGAACAGCGCAUCCGCGCCAUGAUGCGCUAUUGGGCUGGCAAGACUAUCAGUCGGCGCGCGAAGAGGCACUUCGAGGAGCAGAGGGAAAUUACUACGGAAAGCCCGAGUCUACGUCCAGCCAGUCGGAGAGCUGCUGUGGCUUCCUUGCAAGGCCGGCUCGCGAAUGUCACUGCUGCUGCAGAGGAGUAUCCUUCAUUUCUUGAGAUUGGUCCAAGUCCCUUCGAGGAGGAUCUUAGUAGGACUUUCUUGAACGCCACGGUCACAACUCUACCCGCAUACCUGCGGACCCCGUCGCGUUCUUCCAGAAGAUCUACACGGUUCCAUUCCCAGUACCAGAAUCUCUAUCAGCGACCGGUGCUCCCAACACCCGCACACGCGACGCCGUUGGUAUUUGACCCAGGAGCAUUCCUCGGGACGUCAACACCUGCGUACCCGCCACCUACUAUGCCCAUCAUCAUGCCAGUUCGUCUUAAGAAGAUGACAACAGAGCCCAAUUCUAACGUCAACAUCAAUGAAAGUACUACAAAGGCUUCAGCACCGAAGACGUCAACCAAGGCAGCUGCGUCUACGUCAGCCACGACAAGUCCUCGUGCUCCCCUUGAGAAGGAUGCGUCGCAGGGAACCCCUGUCCGCCCAACUGCGAAGAGAGCGCCUUCUUCGACGGCCUCGACGCCGCAGAUCACACCGUUUUCACGCAAGCUCCGUGCAGGUGGCGUCGCGAUGCCAUUGUCAUCAGCGCGGCCCAGACUCUCCGCAGUGGGACGCUCACCCACAGCGGAGCGAGUCUCUGCGUCGCCGUCUGCACCUGGGAAAGGGAAAGCUUCACGUGUUAAUGGUACUAGUAACAACAGUGCUGAUCACGGCAGUGCGAACGAAGACAGGGACGAGGGCGAUCGUGACGACGACAACAACGGCGACACGCCCGGACGGCAUAGUGCGGGGAAUGACAGCAACAAUGAAAACAAUAAUGGUAAUCAAGUACUCGGUCGCUCGGUCCUGGGAACGGGCAAGAGCGUGCGGUUCGCUGCGCCUACGUCGGCGUCAUUAUCGAGGGCGAGAAAGUCGAGAUUUGGGUAAUCACAAUUCUGCUUCCGAAAACCAGGGUUAGAAAUUGGGCACGGAGUUGGUGUUGCGGGAGGAAUGGAUGUUGAAUGGUUUAUAUUGUGGAUUGUUUUGGAUUUAAUUGCUGUUUUGGCGUUUGAGCGCGGCAUGGAUGAUUAUUGUUGCCUACUGUGGAGCAUCAUCAGCGUAUUGUUAGGAUACCCGG